CCGGAACGAUGUGCAGCCUGGCUCCUCGCUAAAUCCUUUUCCACCAGCCACUAGCCCGGAGACAUGCCCUCCGAUAGUAAAAGGUGCAGUUCUGCCUCUCACCGUCACGUGCACACCUUGGUAGGCUUGUCAAACCCAACUGCAAAGACAUCUGGGGAAGAAAAGGAAGCCGCCUUCCCCUGAACAAGAACACAACAACCAAGCCUGCAGUUUGCACUGGAGAGCAUCCUCUCCUCCCGUGCCUGCCCACGGAGGAAGACGAUGAACGAGGUGAAGGAGGCCCUGCGGAACGUCGAGCAGAAGUACAAGCUCUUCCAGCAGCAGCAGUUCACAUUCAUCUCUGCGCUGGAGCACUCCCGGGAGAAUGCCCACAGCAAGAUCCGGCCCAUCUCCAGCAUCGAACAGGUGCAGAGCUACAUGGAACACCACUGCAACAACUCCACAGACCAGCGCAUUCUGCUCAUGUUCCUGGACAUCUGCACGGAGCUGAGCAAGCUCUGCCAGCACUUUGAAGCCCUGCACUCUGGCACCCCGGUCACCAACAACCUCCUCGAGAAAUGUAAAGCCCUUGUUAGCCAAAGCAAUGACUUAAGUAGUCUUAGAGCAAAAUAUCCGCAUGACGUGGUCAACCACCUCAGCUGUGAUGAAGCCAGGAACCACUAUGGAGGCGUGGUCAGCCUCAUCCCCAUCGUCCUAGACUUCAUGAAAGAGUGGAUCGCCCAUUCAGAGAAGCUGUCCCGCAAAGUGCUACAGCACGUGAGUGAGCCCCAGCUGGGCCAGGAGGCCACCGGGGCCACCUCUCAUCCUUCCCAGACCACAGGCACCCAGCUUUGCUUAAGAAAACACAAGUGUAGGCAACUUACAAAGGACAGCCUCAAACCUAGUGGGAAAGACAAAGGAUGUUCUAAGCCUCCCUGGAGACCAUCUGGUUGGAAACUCUAACUCAAAGCUGAGACCUGCUCAACUGCACAGGGCACUUUGUGACUUGGUUUCCACUGGUGAUCCAUUUUCAUUGCCACCCAUCGUCCCUGCCACUUAGUAACCCCAAAGGGAACUGCCUCAUAGAUCACGAGGCGCUCUCUCCCCCUCUCCCUCCCAUCGUCCCUCCCCUGAGGGUCAGGCCCUGUGCCCGGAAGGCCGGGGAAGAGUUAGGGCCCUGACUGCCCCACCUGGGCCUCCGAGCACUGCCACCCACCAGCCUAUGGGCAGCCCACACUGCGGGUCCGGCUCUCCUGGCCCAGCCAUCAAGCUGGAGGAGACCACACAGCUCCUUGCCCCCCGUGGUGGCCACGGUAGGCAGGGCCACUCCCUCUGCCCAGGAUGCCUAGGGUUGGCACCAUGUGACCGGGUCUCUGGAGCAAAGCCCAAAGGGGGACAGACCCACCGUGGCUCUCCUUUACUUGGGCGAGGGAGGCUAGGGGAGAAGCUGGAAGGAUUCUGCUUCUGGGCUCCUGUACAAGGACAGUUAGCUGGUGUUCACAGCGUAACGGAGAUGCAGACUUUGUCAAAUGCCCUGCUGGCUUUUCAGCUUGCUGGAAGAACUGUCUGACUUUUGGUUUUUCCCUUCACAGGGGGCGACUUAGCUUCUGUAUUCUUGUUUCCUUGGGGGCGACUGUCAAGAAUAAAAAGUG